AGUGAGAUAGAGAGAGAGAAAGUGUGUGAGAGAGGGAGAAAGAAAGAGAGAGCCAAAGACACGGGGGUGGAGUUAUUCCAUGGGGGGCGUGGUCGAGCCGCUGCCACUCACUGGCAGUUGCCAUGGCGAGCGGGCGGUCCCGACCAGCGGGGCAUCCAAUGGGAGGCGACGCUGCGUGUGUCGCCAUGGUGACGGGGCCGUGCCCGGGGAGGUUGUGAUGGGUUGACAGGUGCGUGACAAUCGGAGCUCUCUGCAAGCAUGUACGCCAAAGGCAAGAGCAGCAACGUGCCGUCCGACAGCCAGGCCCGAGAGAAGUUAGCUCUGUACGUUUACGAGUACCUGCUGCAUGUAGGAGCCCAGAAGUCGGCACAGACCUUCCUCUCAGAGAUCCGAUGGGAGAAGAACAUCACAUUAGGAGAACCUCCGGGGUUCCUCCACUCGUGGUGGUGUGUUUUCUGGGACCUGUACUGUGCAGCCCCGGAGAGAAGAGACUCGUGUGAACACUCCAGUGAGGCCAAGGCCUUUCAUGACUAUAGCGCUGCAGCAGCUCCCAGCCCAGUCCUUGGUAACCUUCCCCCAGGAGAGGGCAUGCCAGUGGGACCAGUCCCUCCAGGAUUCUUCCAGCCUUUUAUGUCACCUCGGUACCCAGGAGGACCCAGACCACCUCUCAGAUUACCCAAUCAGGGACUUGGAGGAGUCCCAGGUCAGCCGAUGUUACCCAGUGGAAUGGACCCCUCAAGACAGCAAGGACAUCCCAAUAUGGGAGGGCCGAUGCAGCGGAUGACUCCACCCAGAGGCAUGGUACCGCUGGGGCCCCAGAGUUAUGGAAGUGGAAUGAGACCUCCACUAAAUGCUCUGGUUGGUCCUGGGAUGCCUGGCAUGAACAUGGGACCUGGUGGGGGAAGACCUUGGCCGAAUCCUCCAAACUCCAAUUCGACCUCAUACUCUUCUGCAUCUCCAGGAAGUUAUGUGGGACCUCCAGGAGGUGGAGGGCCACCUGGGACCCCAAUAAUGCCAAGUCCAGCAGAUUCAACCAACUCCGGCGACAACAUGUACACUUUGAUCAACACUGUCCCUCCAGGUGGAAACCGACCAAAUUUUCCUAUGGGAGCAGGUGGCGAUGGCCCAUUAGGGGGAAUGGCUGGAAUGGAACCUCAUCACAUGAACGGAUCAUUAGGGUCAGGUGAUAUGGACAGUCUGCCGAAGAACUCGCCUGGUAACCUAAGUAUGAGUAACCAGCCGGGGACCCCCAGGGAGGAUGGAGAGAUGGGAGGAAACUUCCUCAACCCUUUUCAGAACGAAAGUUAUUCUCCAAACAUGACGAUGAGUGUGUGAAGGUUUGGGCGGCACCCCGAUCACUCGCUCAGUGCGCUGGUGCAGAGAAAAGCAGAGAGACUGGAUGUGACGUCAUCUUGGCCAGUGACUCUUCCUCCACCACCACCACUGACCCAGUCAGGACAGUUGCCCCCCCCAGGGCUCCGUCCCUCUCCACCCCCUCUACAUCUCUUCCCCAAAUCCUUCAUUGGUUUCUGUUCACCUCUCCUCCUCCGUUAUUUGGUCUCCCCCUGUUCUACGUGGUGACCCUGCUACAUUCAUCAGUUCUUCCUCUGCAACCAUGAGACUGUACAAAGGAACCAAACGGAUGAGAACCCUCGGAGGAGAACUCUUUGUAUAUUUGCAAAUGCUGUGACUGUGCACACUCACUCCAGUCACAGACAGGUGUUUCUGCCUUUUUGCAUCAUGUCCUGGAGUUCAUGCUCAAAAACAAAAUGGCCAGUAUCCUAUUUAUGCUAAAGUUUAAAUUUCCAAGGACUUAAAGAGAUAGAGACACUUUUUUGAUUAACAGUAAAAAUGGUAUCUUACUUGUUGUCACAUCUUUUGUCUUUACCUGAGAAAUCACUUGGUGGAGGAGAAUCGAGAGACAUCACAAUCCUAUUAACAUGCGAUUUUAAUCGACAUAGAUAUUUGUAAAGUCAACUUUUGGGGCUUUUAAAAUUGUGUUUUAUGUUUUAUACAAUGGGUUUCAUGAUUAUUUUUUAAUUUUCCGUCACACACUUUUCCACCACAAAUGUGAAAAAUGCAAAAUCACUCCCUCUCACCUCUGUUACAUUUCCAAGGCCUGAUGAGGAACAUGAGUUUAGGGCAAUGUCAGCGACUUUCAGGCUUAAAACAUAAAUCACUCAAGGCCUCCUCACAACUUGAAAUAUCUUUCUGCAUUGAAUAGCAACAGAGAAAACUGAGCUUUGUUCAAGGCUUAAAGGGAGAAUACGUGACUUUUGACCUGUAGCCACUGAUGUCACAAAUUGUGUCGGAAUACUAAAUUAUAAUAAUGAUGAUAAAACAUAUUGCAAAAGUGGAGAAGCGCUGUAAAGUCCAUGAAGUGGCUUGGUAAUGUCCGUCAUAGCAUUAUAGAACUGUCUAGUUCAAGUUUGUAACCUUAGCUAACAUAUAGCAAACCAAAAAGCUAUUGGUCAAAAUAGAAGCAAAUCCCCUGAGGGAUUAGAGAAAGUUACAAAUUCCUUUCUGCCAUUAGUUUCCUCCAUCGCUCUUUCCGAAACUUUGCUUCUUAUUUUACGGGACUGGCUCCUCCAACCUUGAGGACCUGCGGAUCACUUUUCAUCUGGCCUCCACCCGUCAACCUGUAAAGCUUGGGAGACCCUGCACAUUCAAACUUGAUAAGCACUGAGAGGCAACGGAAGAAAUGUCCCUCAAACUUUUGAAAUACCCCCAAGGAAACGUAUCAGGCUUCAUCAAAGCCCAAAACGUUUUCUGGGAGGUAAUUAGUGAAAUAUCUCUUUAAGUUGCCAGACACUUAGCAAAGACCCAGAAUAAUAAUUUUAGCCUUUUAGUUGUGGCAAAAUAGCGCUCUUAGGGAUUGUCGCAGUUGCCCCCAUAAGAUUAAAUAAGACCCCUUGCUGCCAUAUUGCGGCUGACAUCAAAGGCGAUCUACUGGACAGAAUCCGAAAGUUCUGCAAGUACCAUUCAGCACCCUUCAAACCAGAUCAGCCCUAAUGCCAACUGUCACUGAAUUGCGAGAAGCAGCAGAAAAGAGGAAGAAGGUUUGAACAGCAGAUAAAUGGAAAAUUCUAAAAAACUUUUGUUUUAUGCAAGUGAUCUUUGAUCUUUAAGCAGACCACCUUUGUUGCAACUCAGACUUUUUUUUUCUGUUCACAGCACAAUCACACAAACAAGUUGUUCUGUCUUAUGUAAAGAGGUUAUCUAAGGUGAACAGAUAGUGAAAUAUUAGUCAGGCUUUUGUUUACUGAGGCCUCUCUUGACCUCUGGAUCCAAAUGAUUUAUCGGUUAUGUCACAGUUGACUGGACAGAAAUGUCAAUUAACAAAAAUCGAAGACAAACCAUAAAGAUUUUAAACCAUAAGACGCAAGCUUCACUCCGGUCACCCAUACUUUAGUGUCAUCCGGAAUAACUGUGAUCUCAGAGGGAUAUGAGAGGAUGGCUGGUACAGAGCUAAAAUAAGCUUGUUUUUAAUCAACGUUUUGAACUUUUUUCACUGCCCAGGAUUGUAUCAUGUAUAAAAGGUCAAUAUGCCUGUGAACAUUCCCCGUUACCCUCCCGUACUGCAAAGUGUACAGCUCACAAAUGUAGCUCCUCUGUCUUGUAUGUGUAUUUGAUAUUAUUGUUAUUAUUUAAAGAAAAUUCCGUAGAGUUAUCGCAAAAUGGAGCGAUGGACUGAUGAUGCACCAUCACGACUGAAUUGCGACUUUUUUUAAAGAAUAUUAUUAUGGUUCUUUUUUUCUGUUGUUGUUGUUAGAUUCGAAGCCAUAAGUGGGAGUACAAGAAAAAGUGCUUUUUUAAAUGGAAUCAUGUUCUUUGUUUUGUGGCAAAACGUGGGACUCCAUUUGUGAUGUAUUCAUUUUCUCUUUUUUAUUCUUUAUUAUUGUGUUUUUGUAAAUACAGAGAAGUAUUUCAUGGGUUUUGAAUAUGCUGGUAUAAAGCUUCUCUUACCUUAA